AGGUGGCAGCUCUGGAGGAUGCGGGCUGCGGGGGUCGCGGUCGCCGAGGAGCACUGGGCAGGUGACAGGCGGUUGCCUCCUAAGCGAGGAUGAAUCAUAGUAAAUUAAUUCCCAAGCUCUCAAUCCAGUCUCCUGUUCAUCAUACCAACUUAAAGGUCUGGUCCACAGAGCCACCUUUUAAGAAGGACUUACAUCUGAUUUCGAAAGACUCCUUGGAAUCUGAUUCAGGAAGCUUCACUCAAGAGAGUAAGUCCCAGUUGGAAGACCAAAUCCGGGACAACAAUAUGGAGUCGGACAGCUUAGAGGAGGAAAGCCUUCCACAGGAAAGCCUGAGUGAGACAGAAGAGGAAGCAAGCAGAAAAGCAGCUCGGAAGGAGGGCAGAGAAAUCCUCCAUACCCAGAACACUGGCAUGGACAACAGCCAACAACCAGGAGAAGACAAAUAUUCGGACCUCCGCUAUGACCCAAACUGGAAGAGUAAGAAAGAGGAGAGGAAUUUGUUGACAAUGGAAACACUGCCGGAGUCUGUAGACAGCUCUACUAAAAAUCCGACUCCAGAUCCACUGUACCCUUCCAAGGAGACAUCCAUGGAACUCUCAGGGGAGAAAGGUGAACACAAGAGUAGCCCACAGAGCAUGGACUCCUUGCUUGGCAGUGAAUUUUUAAGCCCAAACUAUGAGCGUGGUACCCAUCGCAGCCAGCCGUUUUCGGAGCCGAGCGACAGUGAUCUGGGGGAGAAGUCAAGCAACGUCUCUCAUUACUUGAAGAGUUCAAGUUCACAUAAUGAGGUUUUCCUGCCAGGAUCACGUGGCCGUCGUCGGAGGAAGUCCAAACAAUACUUUGUGGAAAAAAACAAGCUGACUUUGGGAUUACCUACUCCUAAAACGGACUCUUAUCUUCAACUUCACAAUAAAAAAAGGGGGGACAUUCUCCCAGAACAGAUCUCCUACCCCAUCAGUGUAACUGACAAGACGUCUGUUCAGAACGCCAAAGAGAUUGAAAAUGCUGCCAUCAAUCCUGAAGACAAAUGGCAUCAAAGAGCCCAACAGCUCAAGAAUUAUCAGGAACACUUGUCUCAAUAUGAAAGUGCAAAGUCAGACAGCGUACCAAGAGGUCCGUCUUCUGAAACAACCAAUGGCCAGCAACCUUCCAGAAAACCGGCCAACCACAAGAUUCGAAACCAGCCUAAACGGCAGCAUGACCUGAAGUCCUUGGUGACGGAAGAGCUGGCUGCCAGUCACAGAGAGCAGAAGAACACUCCCAGACAGCAACACCACCAAAAUGAGCCUACGGAUACUUCACUGAAUCACGAAACAAUCAGAAUUAUGAAUGUGCCUGACAAUGAUUUACAACACUCAAGUGCACUUAGGAGCCAGGAGCCCAAAGGAACCUCCAAUAAAUUGGCUCCACCCCAGCAGGCUUUUGACAAGGUAUUGUACAACAACUCGACUGGAUACCCCUCGGUGGAUGUUAAGAAAGAAAGAGGACACAAAGGCCAGGAAGAGAAAAGACCGUCACAUCAGCAGCUACACAUCAGCACCCUUUCCAAUGUGGACUUGAACUACCUUAAUGAGCUUGCUAAGAGACAAGCGCCCUUGAGCCAGAAAGGCUCCCGGUCUGUUUGCAACAAAAAUGUUAAUGGAUUGAGGGAAAAUAAGAAGCAACCCAAGCAGAUUUACACAGAGACAAAAUAUAGGAACUUAGAAAUAUUAUGGAAAUUCCAUCCUUCCUCGGACAGCCAACCUGUUAGAGCUUCUCCAGACUCGCAGCUCACUCAGAUAAUGGAGCAGCACCAGCAAGCGCUAAUGCAGCUGACCGAGGUGCAGCCCAGAGAAGAGGCCUCGUCCAGCAUCACAUUUCCACCUAUAUUGUCAAGGGUCGAAAGUGAAUCCCAACUCAGUUCAGAGAGAAGCCAAAGAAACCAAAUGAAAUUUAGUCGUAGCAAUUCCGAAGGCUAUCUGCUUCAACUGGAAAAAGGAAGAAAGCAUAGGAAAAGGAGCAGCAGCAAGAGCUCCAAGCCGAAAGGUUAUCAGAAAAGAGAUGUGAAGCUUGGAGGCCUUGGACCUGACCUUGAGUCCAUCAGAGACAAAAUGCAGAAAUUAAUCCAAAAAAAGGAAUACGCGAAACAAGUUAAGGAGUAUAACAUGAAGACGCUAUCCAUUCUGUCAAAACCACAAACAGCGAAAGUUGAAAGUCAACCUGCCAUCCCUCGGCAGAAGGCUUUGGAAUACGCCAAGACCAUCCCCAAACCCAAACCUUCAAAUCUGACUGAUCAAGUAUCAAAGGAAAAGAAAAUUCCCACCUAUCCUCGAAAAGACCCUCUGCCUGAAAUCUCACUGCUGGAAAUACUACAGAGCAGACACGAAAGGGAAAAACAGGCUGUGGCUGCCUUCAAAGUCCUUCACAUUGUGUAGACCACACAUCUGUCGGAGACUAAAUAUGCCCGGGGACUGGACAUGGAGAAAAAACUCCAACCCACCUUUGUGCAUAGAAACAGAUGACCCUCUGUCCUCUAGCUGCAGCCCACGUUUGCUUUGUACAGGAUUUAAAGUAUGGGGCCUUAUUACUUUACAGAGCUGUAUUUUACUUUCUAGGAAGAUUUUUUUAUCAUUAUUUAUUUUCAAAUCAGAAUUUUGGGUGGAAUAAGAAGUAGGGAAUAAAUCCUUUUAGUUUCAUAGAGGAUCUUUUGAUUUCUUAAAAAAAAAAAAAAAUCACUACCCUUCCUUGCAUAAUGAAAACCUUGAAGUGACCCAGCAAAAAAAAAAAAUCUAACUUCUGCUCCUCUCUGACCUUCCUGAUAAGAAAGAAGUAUAAACACUUCAGUUUCGAAUAAAUAUGAAUGUAAAUUGAA